AUGCCCACUGUCAUGUCCCCUAGGCGGCUUGUGGCCAUCACCUUGGCCGUCGUUGUGUCUUUGCACAUCCUGAUAGGCUUCAUCCGCGAAGAUUAUCUUCAACUCUCAUUGUACACCAUCCGUCAGCAACUUGUCAUUGCGCAGAAGACAUGGCUGCAACAAAACUACACUAUGGACUUCGACGCGUUCAAUGGAACGACAGACCCUCAACCUCGUAUUGACCUCAUGCCCGCCAACGUAUCUGGGCUGGCCGUCUCACCCGCCCUCGCGACACGCCGUGCUAAUGCCACAUUCGUUUUACUGUGCCGGAAUAAUGACCUAAAGGGUGUCAUCUCCAGCAUACGGCAUGUGGAAGACCGAUUCAAUAGAAAGUACAAGUAUCCAUGGGUCCUUCUGAACGAGCAGCCUUUCACCGACGAGUUUAAGACUCGCGUUCGUAUUCUCACAGAUGCACCCAUACAAUUCGGACAGAUAUCUCCCGACGAUUGGUAUCAACCGGCGUGGAUUGACGAGAAGCGCGCCGAACAAGGGCGGCUAGCAAUGAUGCGCCAGCAUAUCAUCUAUGCAGGUGUAUACCGGAACAUGUGCCGAUUUAAUUCUGGGUUUUUCUUCCAACACGAACUUCUCCAGCCCUACCGCUAUUAUUGGAGACCGGAUGUAACGUAUUUCUGUGACGUGGACUACGAUCCAUUCCUAUUUAUGCAAGACAACGAUAAAGUCUAUGGAUGGACGCUGUCAUUGUUAGAAUGGCAACCAACAAUACCGACGCUGUGGUCUGCUGUUCGAGAGUUUAUGGAUGAGCACCCUGAGUAUGUAUCGGCCAAUAAUUCCAUGGAGUUCCUCUCGGAUAACGGUGGCUUAAAUUACAAUCUUUGCCAUUUCUGGAGUAAUUUCGAAAUUGCCGAUAUGGACUUCUGGCGCGGCGACGCCUACCAAGCGUUCUUCAAACACCUUGACUCGAAGGGGGGAUUCUAUUACGAGCGCUGGGGUGAUGCUCCCGUGCAUAGCAUGGCUGCUGCGUUAUUCGCUAGGAAAGACCAGAUCCAUUUCUUCAGCGACAUGGGGUACAUGCAUCCGCCUUUUCAACAUUGUCCGUACGGGUCAGAAUGGGUCAAAGGUAGGUGCUCAUGCAAUCCUCAAGACAGCUUCGAUUAUCAACCGGCUUCAUGUCUACGGAAAUUCCAAGGCAUGUUCAAAUCAUAA